CUCGAUUCUUACGAACCUUUCUGACUUCUAAGGGAUCGUGUUCUUCUGUCUGACCUAUCUCUUAUGAAGACAAAGAAAUAAUAUGCAGCUUCCUGUUGACAGUGAUCAAGAACGGAACACGGAGUCUAGCAGAGACACUGGACCACAGCCAAAAGAUCUUUUACGAAGACAAAGAAAUAAUAUACUGCUUCCUGUUGACAUGUCUCCUCUGAGGAUUGUGCUGCUGGGCAAAACUGGGAGUGGAAAGAGUGCCUCAGGAAAGACCUUCCUGGGGAGGGGAACUUUUACAAUAGAAGUCACUGAAACCUGUGCUAAGAUGCACACUGAGGUGGAUGGUAGACAGGUUGCGUUGAUCGAUACACCAGCAUCAGUUGAUACAGAAGACAGAUAUGAUUGGUGA